AUGAGUGCGUCGCGUCCUAGUUCGCCCAAUCUCCCCGAGGACUCUCCUCGUGGAGAUGCCGCUGAGGUUUCAGUCAAAUCUGCACCCGACUAUAUCAAGCCCACACCAAUCAUACCUCCCGAGGAUGUGGAAGACCGUCGCGAAUAUGCCAUCGCGAUUGGGAAACGACUUGUCGAAGACUGGCCAGAUUACAAGCUGACUUCAGUUCAUUCGGCUGCUAUAAUGAUAAUGCCCAUGGACAGCUUUAAGGACUAUGAGUACGAGUCAUACCACCUUCUCCAGAAGCACAGCAUUCCCAAGUCUUAUGUUAGAACAGCGAAAAGAAGACUCGGAACAAGAUGGAACGUCGCAAGAAUCGCAUCCCAACCCAUCAAAACAACGGUAUCAAGCUCUGAUGCGGACAAGGAGUCCUUAUGGACUUGGUCGGAAUCUAGAAAUGCUCUGUGGACUGGACCAGCUUCGACGGUAGGUAAUCCGAGAACCUCACCACCAGGGGCCAUGGGUAAAGGGGAAAGUCCUGGAACCGAGUCUCAUGCAUCUAACAAGCAAGAGAGAGGUGCCGACAAGGCAACACCUCGGAUGACCCAGUCUUGCAAUCCAAAACACAUUCGGGAUCCAGAUGCUUCUCGGUUUCUGACCGCCCAGAGUGGCCGGGCGAGAGACGGUGAACUGCAAAAGGAACUUUGCCGACAACGUGACCACAACAGAUGCGUGUUCACGCAGAGCGCAAAGGAUGUGGUUGUAACACAUAUUAUUCCGCAGGCCUGGAAUGAUACCAAGGAGAUUAUGCAGUUAACGAGAAAGGUCAUUCAUGCCGUCGAAAUAUCUUUUAAUGCAAUCGAUUGUUAUAUAUCCGACGACACCGUUUUCGCUGACCUCCACAACCUGGGGGCCACGGAUAAAUGUUGGAAUAUAAUCAGUCUUGACAGACAGCUCCACUGGUGUCUAGAUCAUCAAUACUUAGGGCUGAAAUGCUUUAGUAUUGACUCUUGUGUCGAAGAUGAGGCAAACUGUAUCAUCAUAAUCCAACUUAAUUGGUUGUACCGCAACAAGAACAAGUCUAAAGAGGUGACUCUUGAAGGAGAUGGAAAUGAUUUUGACAAAUUAGUCAAUGAGAUUCGGGAUUUUGACGAUCAACACCAGAUCGAGCAGAAGAUAUCCGCAACGGCUAACCCAUUGAUAUCUGGCCAACUUGCCUGUAUCAAGAUGUCAAAAAAGGAUGCCCGAAAGUGCCGGGUUAUGCUAGAUGUUGCAUGGGCUCUCAGUGUCGUCGCCGGCAUCAGUGGUGCAGCCGAGUGA